AUGGCCUCCUUCUUCGUCGAUCUCUGGGAGUCCAUCUUCACGCCGGGUCCCACGCCCAGCAUCCUCCGAGCGACAAACGUCACAUUCGCCGCCCUCCAGUUCGUCCUCGCCGCCCUCCUCCUCGCCACCUGGAGCUUGCACUUUGUCAUCCUCUCGGUCCUGUGCGGCAGCCUCUGGUGGUCCAUCAACUGGUUCGCCGCCGAGGUCGCCAUCGCGCAGGAGCAGCAGCAGCAGAUGGAGCGGAGCCUGGCCGAGGAGGAAAAGGACAAGGGGAACGAGGAGGAGCUCCGCGACGAGCACAAACCCCGGAGGAAACCGGCGGCGUCGGCAGCCGACGAGAGCAGCGAUACCGAGGUCGAAGGCUCGACGGCCGUCGCCGGCGCACCGGCCGAUCUGAGGCAGAGGCCCGCCGCGACAUCGGCCGGCAGGGCACCGAAGCUUUCGUCCGACGGGAGACAGUCAAGCGUGAGCACCGAGGAUGAGUGGGAGAAAGUUUCGGGAAGCGAGAGGGAAAAGGGAAAAUAA